CAAGAUCAUCUACCACCUGGACGGGCAGGAGACGCCGUACCUGGUGAAGCUGCCCCUGCCCGCCGAGCGCGUCACCUUGGCCGACUUUAAGGGCGUCCUGCAGCGACCCAGCUAUAAGUUCUUCUUCAAGUCUAUGGACGACGAUUUCGGAGUGGUGAAGGAGGAAAUCUCAGAUGACAAUGCCAAGCUACCCUGCUUCAAUGGCCGGGUGGUGUCUUGGCUGGUGUCAGCUGAGGGCUCCCACCCAGAUCCAGCCCCUUUCUGUGCUGACAACCCAUCAGAGCUGCCACCACCAAUGGAGCGCACAGGAGGCAUUGGGGACUCUCGGCCCCCAUCCUUUCACCCUCAUGCUGGUGGGGGCAGCCAGGAGAACCUGGACAAUGACACAGAGACGGACUCCUUGGUGUCUGCCCAGCGAGAGCGGCCACGCAGGAGGGAUGGCCCAGAACACGCAACCAGGCUAAAUGGAACUGCCAAGGGAGAGCGGCGGCGAGAGCCAGGCGGCUAUGAUAGCUCAUCCACCCUUAUGAGCAGUGAGCUAGAGACCACCAGCUUCUUCGACUCAGAUGAAGAUGACUCCACCAGCAGGUUCAGCAGCUCCACAGAGCAGAGCAGUGCCUCUCGCCUGAUGAGAAGACACAAGCGGCGGCGGCGGAAGCAGAAGGUCUCACGGAUUGAGCGGUCCUCAUCCUUCAGCAGCAUCACAGAUUCUACCAUGUCUCUCAACAUCAUCACCGUUACUCUCAAUAUGGAAAAGUACAACUUCUUGGGCAUCUCCAUUGUGGGCCAAAGCAACGAGCGUGGUGACGGAGGCAUCUACAUUGGUUCCAUCAUGAAGGGUGGGGCUGUGGCUGCUGAUGGACGCAUCGAACCAGGAGAUAUGCUGUUACAGGUAAAUGAGAUCAACUUUGAGAACAUGAGUAAUGACGAUGCCGUCCGGGUACUGCGUGAGAUUGUGCACAAACCAGGGCCCAUCACUCUGACUGUAGCUAAAUGCUGGGAUCCAAGUCCACGUGGUUGCUUCACAUUGCCCAGGAGUGAGCCCAUCCGACCCAUUGACCCUGCGGCCUGGGUCUCCCAUACUGCAGCCAUGACCGGUACCUUCCCUGCCUACGGCAUGAGCCCCUCCCUGAGCACCAUCACCUCGACCAGCUCCUCCAUCACCAGCUCCAUCCCUGACACAGAGCGCCUAGAUGACUUUCACCUGUCCAUCCACAGUGACAUGGCUGCCAUCGUUAAAGCCAUGGCCUCCCCUGAAUCAGGGUUGGAGGUUCGAGACCGCAUGUGGCUCAAGAUUACCAUUCCCAAUGCUUUCAUUGGCUCAGAUGUGGUGGACUGGCUGUACCACAACGUGGAAGGCUUCACUGACCGGCGGGAAGCCCGCAAGUAUGCCAGCAAUCUGCUGAAAGCUGGGUUCAUCCGCCACACUGUCAACAAGAUCACCUUCUCUGAGCAGUGCUACUACAUCUUCGGCGACCUCUGUGGCAACAUGGCCAACCUGUCCCUCCACGACCACGAUGGCUCCAGCGGCGCCUCUGACCAGGACACACUGGCCCCUCUGCCGCACCCGGGAGCCGCCCCUUGGCCUAUGGCUUUCCCUUACCAGUACCCGCCGCCUCCUCACCCCUACAACCCGCACCCGGGCUUCCCGGAGCUGGGCUACAGCUACGGCGGGGGCAGCGCCAGCAGUCAGCACAGCGAAGGCAGCCGGAGCAGUGGCUCCAAUCGAAGUGGCAGCGACCGGCGCAAAGAGAAGGACCCAAAGGCGGGGGACUCCAAGUCGGGGGGCAGCGGCAGCGAGUCGGACCACACCACACGCAGCAGCCUGCGGGGGCCGCGGGAGCGCGCGCCCAGCGAGCGCUCGGGGCCAGCGGCCAGCGAGCACAGCCACCGCAGCCACCACUCGCUGGCCGGCAGCCUGCGCAGCCACCACACGCACGCCAGCUACGGGCCUCCCGGAGUGCCCCCGCUCUACGGCCCCUCCAUGCUGAUGAUGCCCCCGCCGCCCGCAGCCAUGGGGCCCCCAGGAGCCCCGCCGGGCCGCGACCUGGCCUCUGUGCCCCCCGAACUGACCGCCAGCAGACAGUCCUUCCGCAUGGCCAUGGGAAACCCCAGUGAGUUCUUUGUGGAUGUGAUGUGAGCAGGGCCCUGCCCCCACCACAUCCCGCCCCUCCAUCCAGCCGGCCUCCGCCCUCUUCCCAUCCGUCCAUCUUUUUUACUUUGGUACCGUAAAGGGAAAUAAAUGGAACUAAAUCCAGGUGCGCUAACUGCUCGCUGGGCGCAGAGAGGGCGGGGUGCAACUACGGAUCUGCUCUGCAGCCCCUAACUUGCCUGUAGCCCAGCCUGUUCCCUCUACCCACUAACUGCUGUGGGGGGCUCCCCAGACUUGCUGGUGCUUUCUCCCCUCUGCUCCACCUCGCACACUUUAGGAGCUCACCCAGUGGUAUCCUUGGGGGCCUGUUCACUCCCGUAGCCAGACUUUGCCCGCACAAUAUCCCUUCAGCUGCAUUGUCCCAUAUUAAGCCCACUCAAGCAUGCGUGCAACUCUUUUUUUGUCCCACACUACUGACACCAAAAAAAAAAAAGUUACUUCAUCCUCCCUUCCUAACCAUCCCCUGCCUGCUGCCUCAAUCCUGCACCCUAGAGCUAUAGUCACCUCCAGUAGCCAUCCAUGCUAUCUCUAUCCUGCCUGUGCUCCACCCUAUCAGGAGCUCAGGGGGCCCCCUCAGGUGCCUGAACAGCCCAUGACUUCUAGGGAGCAUCUCUGCUCCACCCCUGCCCCUAUGCCUGCCCUGUGUGCUGACUCCUUCAGAACCUAACCCUACUAACUAGCAGGCUCAUCUCGCCUCUGAGCCUGAAAUAUUUCUUUUCUUUCUCUUUUCUUCCCCCAAUUUACCCUGGGCCUGGAGCAGCCAAGAAUUUCGGGCUGUUUGACUUUCUGUGAGCCCUCAGCAAAAGGCGGCCCAGCCUCUGAGGAGACCAGGAACCCUGCUUCAGCAGCCCGUCAGGGCUUCCCAAGGAUGUCCAGCCCCCACACCCACACUUCAGUGUCAUUAGACUGCUGGGGAAGGCCCCAGUCACCCACACAUGAGAGACCCUGUUCUCCUUUCCCCAGAGAAAUGUCUCUCUCAUUGUCUUCCCCCAACAUCUACCUUUUCUCUCUAACACACACACACACACACACACACACACACACCUAUGUACACAGAGGUGCCUAUGCAAGUUCACAUAAAGCCUCAGGGCUGGUCCCUGCCUAGAGGGCUGGACCCUCUCUCCAAGUCCUCUCCCUAGUUAGUGGGGCAGGUCCCCUGACUUCCCUCUUCAUUUCCUCAUAGUCCUCAAGCACAUCUCCAACAUCUUUCUAUCUGGAUAAGCCCAUAAGAUGGGUCUUAGGCUGGGCUCAGCAAAAGACUCUCCAGGUGACUGACAGGCCAUCUUACCUACCCCUCCCAUCCUGCCCUGUUUCACUAUGGCAUCCUAGAAUAAGGACAGUAACGCACAGGCCAGUUGAAGUUGGGCAAGAGGACUUUUAGACAAAGUUCUAGUCACUUUCUACCAUUUUCUCCACCUUAAACAAAUUUUGACUUUUUCUUUAAGACUGCUAAAAUUGUACUGACUCAUCCAGGAUGAGGUAUCAAGAAUGAGAUGGAGUUCACUGGAGGUAUGGCAGCUCAAGUGGUAGGGUACCUGCUUAGCAAAUGCAAAGGCCUGAGUUCAAACUCCAGUACUGCCAAAAAAAAAAAAAAAGUGAGAUGAAGUCCUUAGCCCAGUUUUUGGGUAACACUAAGAUAAGGGCAUUUUAGUGUUCAGUAAUUUAACAAAUAACCCUAGGGAUUUAAAUGAACAAAGGGCUGUGUUGGAAAUAGGACUCCGUUUUGCCUGCCUUCUAGAACCUCUGAGUUUGUGCCCCAACACAGGUCAAGAUUAGCCACCACUACAGGGCUAUCUCCUGUAUUUCUCUCUGACUCUGCCUUGUCCUACUCUUGAGAAUUUUUCCACUAUGUUCAUGCCUUCAGUGUUGGUGCUUCCAUCAUCGUAUCUUUGGUCCACUUCUCUUUCUAUAUACCCCCAAAAUGUGCCAUCCAUUCUGAGGUCAAUUGCUGCUGAUAUGCUGGUGAUUCCCACAGAUGUAGCUCUAACCCUAACUUUCCCCAAUCUUUACAUCUGCAUUUUUUUUCACCCACUGGACAUCUCCAUGGACCUGUCCAUAUGGACUGAAAUUAUGUCCCAACCAAGCGUGUUCUUGAGACCCUUUCCUGGUGACCUUCAUUACAACUUACAUAGGCCCACCAGCUAGAAACAUUUAUGGACUUAAAUUCCUUCUAUAUCUUAUUAGACAGCAUAUCACAUCCUUUCCACUCCAAUCUUCCUGGAAUUUAGCCUUUUAUCCUUUGUCUCUAAUUUACCAGAGCAUGGAAUUUGGAGUUAGGUUGGUCUGGGUUUGAAUUCCAGCUCUACUACUUUUGAUUGUGUGAUAGGAGAGUUGUUUAAUCUCUCUUGAGCCUCAGUCCUCUCAUGUAAAAUGAUGAUAAUAAUACCUACCUCACAGGGUUGUUGUGAGGAUUUAAAUUAGAUAUUGUACGAAAAGUGCCUAGCACAGUGCCUGGCACACAAUGGAGUAGGUGCUCAAUAAAUGGUAGCUAUUAUUAUUA